AUGGCAUUCAGCCAAGGGCUGCUGCGGCGGCUGCCCUUCUCCGAAUCGACGACGCCGUUGCAGGCGCUGACCUAUCUGCUGGGCAUCUCGCUCUUCAGCAUCUCGUUCCUCGUCUUCCUGAACAGUAGCGUCUCGUUCGUGAUCACCGACCUCAUUGGCAUCAAGGAUGGCGUGGGCGACAUUGUGGGCACCCUCGGCUUCGUCGACGAGGUCGUCGCCCUUGUGGCCUGCCCGAUCUGGGGCCUCGUCUCCGACCGCAGCGGCGUGCGCUUUGUCGCCGUGACUGGCUAUGCCAUCAUUGGCCUGUCGCUGUUCCUCUUUGUCCAGGCCCGCAAUGUCUAUCCGCAGCUGCUGCUCGCCCGGAUCUUCUUUGCCGUCGGCGCGACGGCUGCCGCGACCAUGGUGACUGCCAUUCUCCCGUCACUGACCGAUGAAACCGGCCCGGCAGCGGAGAAUGGGCGGAAGCCACCGGCACCGAGUGGUGGGAGACAAAGCGUGACGCUCUCUGUCGACUCUGAGGCGACCAUCACCCCGGAGCGCUUCCGAAGCACCACGGAGGGUGCGUCGUCUCCGGUCGGGGACGGACCCUCCCGGAACCCAGCCAACAACGGCAAGCCGUCUGCACUGGCCGGCUACGUCGGCCUCUUCACCGGCUGCGGCGCCCUGGUCGCGCUAGCCUUGUUUCUCCCCCUGCCUGCCCGCUUCGGCCGCAUCGAAGGCGUGACGCUCGGUGACGCCGUGAAGUACAGCUUCUACGUUGUUGGCUCCGUCUCCUUUCUCGUCGCCAUCUUCGUCUUCCUCGGACUGCGCGGCCUCAGGGGCGAGGAGGGCAAGGGAUGGCGGAUGCUGCUCGGCCUCCACUCAUCAACGCCCUCCUCCGGCGCAGCGUCCCAGCCCUCACCAGCCGCACAUCGAAUCCUCCCCUACUGGCACCUCCUCCGCGCGUCGAUCCGCCUCGGCCUCACCGACGCCGACAUCGCCCUGGGCUACCUGGGCGGCUUCGUCGCGCGCGCCUCCACCGUCGCCAUCUCGCUGUUCCUCCCGCUGUCCGUCAACGCCUUCUUCAUCCGCAACGGCUUCUGCCGGGGCCAGCCCACCGACCCGUCCCCGGACCUCAAGCGCGAGUGCCGCCAGGCCUACGUGCUCGCCUCCGUCCUCACUGGCGUCGCGCAGCUGUCGGGCCUCCUCUGCGCGCCGCUGUUUGGCUACCUCUCCGCCCAUGCCGCCCACAGGAUCAUCAACUGGCCCAUCGUGGCGACCACGACGAUCGGCCUGGCCGGCUACCUCGCCUUCCCGCGGCUGCCGAGCCCGGAGUUCCGCGACGAGCAGGGGCGCGGCGGCGGGCCGGCCGUGCUCGUGCUCGCCGCCCUGAUGGGCGUCAGCCAGAUCGGCGCCAUCGUGUGCAGCCUGGGCGCGCUGGGCCGCGGCGUGCUGAAGGUCGAUGCGGCGGGCGGCGGCGGCCGGUCCGCGCGGGUUGCCGAGGACCAGGAGACGCUGAUCGAGGAGCGCGCGGACGGGGAUGGGGACGGGGUGGUUGGGGGCGAGACGGCGCCGUUGCUGGGGGUCGCCGCGGCGGCGGCGGCGGCGGCGGUGCCCGAGGAUGCGGUCUCGCGCGUCCGGCUGAAGGGGUCUGUUGCCGGCGUGUACUCGUGGUGCGGCGGCGCGGCGAUAUUGCUACUGACCAAGCUCGGCGGGUACUUGUUUGACUCGUGGUCGGCGGGGGCGCCGUUUUACAUGAUGGCUGCUUUCAAUGCCGUGUUGUUGUUCGCAAGCCUCGGUAUUGACCUUGGGCAUUCGCUGAAGAGGCGGCGAGAGAGCUUGGUUUACUGA